GCACUGGUCGUAGCGUGCGAAGCUGGACACGUGGAGAUCGCCCAGUUGCUGGUUGAGAGUGGAGCGGAUGUUGAGUUUAAGAAUGAGCACGGCAGGACACCAUUGUCCGUGGCAGCCCAAAGUGGCCACGCGGCUGUUGUCCAGCUGCUUCUUGACCGAGGUGCGUCAGUCGACUGCGUCGACGACGGUGGUCUCACUCCGCUGGUUUAUGCUGCAGGACUUGGCCAUAUUGACGUGGUGAAA